CAACGUGGCCAAUUUUUUGUACUAUCCGGUUUGUAUUAAUUGUUCUGACUAGGUGGAUCAACUGUCUUGCACUGAUCGAAGCUAUUGUUAUUAUAAAGCCAAAAAAACCAGAGCUAAUGGGCUUCCACUUUUCGGAAAUCGAUAUUUGGGUAGGCUGAUUAGGAGGGUCAAUGGAGCGAUUAAUUAUAAUUAUAGUAUAAUCGGAGUAUAGUACAAUAUUUGUUUUAUUCGAGUUUCAUGCUCAGUGUUGUUCCAGAAUGAAUACCCUGCGGUUCUUUAUACUAAUUGCCAUAGGACCGAUCGCAAUCUGCGGAAACUUUGAGUUCAACAAUGUUCGCUGCUUGGUGCGGGAUAGGUUAUUUUUGGACUUUGAUUACUGCUAUCUGAGAUCUGUGAAUCGAACAUAUAAGUACUUGUCGCUGAAAACCAAACUUCACAAGCUGCCGAUUACUAACACGGUGACCAAUGCCCAGGUGAGGAUGCGCGAGAAUAAGAGAAUCCUGUACAACUUCGAUGUCCGCUUCGAUGCCUGUAAGUUCCUACGCGAUCGCAGCAACGUCAUUGUCAACUGGCUUUUCCAAACAUUCGCCGACUUCUCGAAUAUCAACCACACCUGCCCCUAUCACCAUGAUAUUAUCUUGGAUAAGCUUCCCGUUCAGCAUAUAAACAAUAUCAUCCAGACAGUUGUGCCGGAUGGCCGAUACUAUCUCAAUACCACCUGGUUUGUCGAUGGCAUUCCGCGGGCCGAUGUAAUGAUCUACUUUACCAAAAGCUAAAUAAACGGAUCGGUUCUGAAAGCGGAAUGUGGUUAAAAUUGAAAUAGUCUUUAAAGUUGUGUCUCCACAAAGCAUCUUGAUUUUCAAAGGGAUCUUUGUUUUUAAACCUAAAACUCGAGGAGUUUAGGGAUACAUUGUAUUGGUUUUGAGGUGGAUGUUGAUGUGUGUCCCAUAAAGUAUAUACAUAUAUUCUGGAUCAGAAUCAAUAGCCGAGUCGAUAUAGCUUUAUUUUCUGUCCGUUCGCCUUUUCUCUAUAUGAAGAGUUCUGACAGAAAAAGAGGGAGUUUUCUUCGCACAGCUGUCGGUGGCAGCUUAGGAGCGACUGGACCUGGACCGAAGG